UACUGUGAGUCAUUUGUUUUGAUAGGUUAUCGCAUAAUAUAGAAUUGUAAAGCAAAUUGUCACUGAAAUGUCUAAUUUUGCGUAAAUUUUUGCUACGAAGUUGUUUAAAUUAUCUGUAUUUCGUAUUUUGAAAUAAUACAGUUAGUUAAGUAAAUGGGUGUAUUGCAAAAUAAAUAUAACAGAGUAAUAUUAAGUGGUUCAGGAAAUAUGGACUAGCUCCAAUGCUUUAUCCAAACAUUUUGGGCGGCAUUCUAGACAUUCCUGAAGAUGUCGGAAGCAGUCUCUUCUGGCUUUCAUCAACUAAGUGUAACAAUUGAAUGUGCUCACCUGAGAGGCGGCACUUUUCUAAAGCCAAACCCUUACGUGGAAUUUUCUGUGGAUGACAAAGCGCCCCGGAAAACAGAAGUGGUGAAAAACACCUACCAACCCAAGUGGAAUGAGGAAUUUACUAUCCUGGUGACGCCCCAGUCGCAGCUGCACUUCCGGCUGCUGGACCACAGCUCGUUCCGCAAGGACGGCCAGCUGGGCGAGAAGCGGCUGGGGCUGCGCGAGGUGCUGGCGCACUACGGCGGGGAGUGCCGCGACCUGGAGUUGACUCUGGACCUGGUGGGCAAGCCCAAGCACGAGGCCGCUGCCCCCCCGGGCAAGGUGGGCGAGCUGGUGGUGCUGCUCAGCGGGCUGCGCCUGGGCCAGGCCAAUAAUGAGGGGAGGCCACCCACCAAUCGCAGUGUCUUAAACGGCGGAGUGAGGGGGCGUGUGCGACCGGCCGGUAGCGAGAACACUGCCCCCUCUGUACCUCCCUCCCACCAGAAUGGUAUCCUCACAUCUCCUUCGGCAGGCCCAACAGCCUCAGUGAACGGCUCGGCAGGGGUGGUGCUGGGCCCGCCCCCGGGGCUGCCCCCCGCAGCCAACGGCGUGGCGGGCCAGGCGGCCGGCCCCCAGGCGGACCCCGCGCAGAGGGGGGCGCAGCCGGCUGCACCUGAGGAGCCCUUGCCACCGGGGUGGGAAAUGCGGUUCGACGUGUACGGCCGGAGGUACUACGUGGACCACAACACCAGGAGCACGUCGUGGGAGCGGCCGCAGCCGCUGCCCUCGGGCUGGGAGAUCAGGCGCGACCCGCGGGGCAGGAUCUACUACGUGGACCACACGACCCGCACCACCACGUGGCAGCGGCCCAACACGGAGCGGCUGCAGCACUUCCAGCACUGGCAGGGCGAGCGGGCCCACGUGGUGCAGCAGGGCAACCAGAGGUUCCUGUACCCGCAGCACUCGGCGACGGCGACCCCCGCCCCGGAGCAGGAAGAGGACGCCCUGGGACCCCUCCCGGCCGGCUGGGAGAAGAGGGUGCAGCCAGACGGCAGGGUGUACUUCGUCAAUCACAAGAACAGAACCACCCAGUGGGAGGAUCCCCGGACGCAAGGUCAAGAACUAGGAGCCGACGAGACGCCACUGCCUCCUGGUUGGGAGAUACGCCUUACAGAGGAUGGUGUUCGGUACUUUGUCGACCACAACACUCGUAGCACGACAUUCCAAGACCCCAGGCCAGGUGCACCAAAGGGUCCCAAAGGCGUGUACGGCGUUCCCCGGGCAUACGAGCGCUCGUUCCGCUGGAAGCUGAGUCAGUUCCGCUACCUCUGCCAGAGCAACGCCCUGCCCAGCCACAUCAAGAUAACGGUGACGAGGCAGACCUUGUUCGAGGACUCGUACCACCAGAUCAUGAGGCUGCCUGCCUACGAGCUCCGCAGGAGGCUGUACAUAAUAUUCCGUGGGGAGGAGGGCCUCGACUACGGCGGCGUGUCGAGGGAGUGGUUUUUCUUGCUGUCGCACGAAGUGCUCAACCCAAUGUACUGCCUUUUUGAGUACGCUAACAAGAAUAACUAUAGUCUUCAAAUAAACCCUGCGUCCUAUGUCAAUCCAGACCACCUUUUGUACUUCAAGUUUAUUGGCAGGUUCAUAGCCAUGGCACUCUAUCACGGUCGCUUCAUCUACUCUGGCUUCACCAUGCCCUUCUACAAGUGCAUGUUGAACAAGAAGCUAACCAUGAAGGAUAUAGAGUCGAUAGACCCCGAGUUCUACAACUCCCUGGUGUGGAUCAAGGACAACAACAUAGAGGACUGUGGCCUGGAGCUGUACUUCAGUGUGGACUUUGAGAUCCUGGGGCAGGUGAUCCACCACGAGCUGAAGGAAGGGGGCGACAAGGUGCGAGUCACCGAGGAGAACAAGGAAGAGUACAUGAGGUUGAUGACGGAGUGGAGGAUGACGCGCGGCAUCGAGGAGCAGACCAAGAACUUCCUGGACGGCUUCAAUGAGGUGGUGCCGCUGGAGUGGCUCAAGUACUUCGACGAGCGGGAGCUGGAGCUGAUGCUGUGCGGCAUGCAGGAGAUAGAGGUGGAGGACUGGCAGCGGAACACCAUUUACCGUCACUACACCCGCAGCAGCAAGCAGGUCGUCUGGUUCUGGCAGUUUGUCAAGUCUGCUGACAGCGAGAAGCGGGCAAGACUUCUGCAGUUUGUCACCGGGACGUGCAGAGUGCCUGUUGGUGGCUUUGCAGAGCUCAUGGGAAGCAACGGUCCUCAGAGGUUCUGCAUCGAGAAGGUCGGCAAAGACACGUGGUUGCCUCGAUCCCACACCUGCUUCAACCGCUUGGAUCUGCCCCCGUACAAGAGCUACGACCAGAUGGUUGAGAAACUGAACUACGCCAUCGAGGAAACGGAAGGCUUCGGCCAGGAAUGAGAGAAAAACAAGUCCUAUUUUUACCAUAUUGUAAAUUAAAAUUCAUAGAAUGCACUUCCAUGACUGCAACAUACGUUUACUGUAGUCCAUUCUAGAUGAGGUUCACUUGAUUUCUAAAGUCACAUUCAUAUUCUCCCUUCAGUUAUGCAGCAAACAGGUUUUCAUAGCUGUGUAAGCAACUGUUGGAAAAUGAGUUACACCCACUAGUACACUAGUUUUUUUAUUAUUAUUAAAUAGUUGGCCCACAUAUGUGUAACCAUGCAGAAUGUGUUUACAUUUUGUCAUGAUACCCAUCCAAAUUAUACAAAUUUUGCACCACUAUGAAAGUUCCAUCAACAAUGCUACCAGUUAAAAAUCACAAAAAACUUUUAUGCAGUUUAUUAUUUUUUUUUGUGUGCUUUACUUAAAUUUAUUCUUGGCCUCACUUAAGAUUAAUCAUUAUAUGCAUUUCUUUUCAUACCUAUAAUUUUUUUAAAUUUAGAAGUAUGUGCAGUGAUUAACCCCCCCCCCCCCCCCCCCCCGCAAAAAAAAGUGAGUUGAAAAAUGCUGCAGUUAGUUUUAGUUUUCAGCCAACCCAAUUUUUCUGCUGCUACGUUUAUCCACAGUUAUAUAAAAUUAUCUGAUUUAAAGUUCCCUAGAUAUAACUUGAAACAAACUCUGGAAUGGUCUAUAUGUAAGUACAGACACAUUUUUUUAUUAUUUGCUAAGCUUUUUUUGAUCCAGUCACUCUAAAUUACUAUUUUUAUAUAUAAAAAUUUAAAACUUAAAUAGUUUUUAUGCAUGCUAUAAAUUUGAAGUCCUCUGUGCAAUAGUGGGAAGUGAAAAUACAGUAUCAUUUUUGUGCUAUUAAGCUACUCCCUUAACAGCACAAACAGUAAGAUUAUGAUCGAAAGGUCCUUAUUCUUUAUAUCAUUGUAAAUUAAAAGUUAAUAUUUUUAAUUAUUUUAUAAAGGCUAUAUAUAUCUCUUAGCCAAAAUGCUAGUAUAUUUGUGUAAAUUACAUAGUGAAUUUUAAAAUUAUUUGUCAAUACUUUAAAAGCUGUUUGUAUAUUCAUGAAGAAACUUGAUAAAAGCCUAAAUUCUAAAGUUUACAAAGUUGUAAUUUGUAUUUCAUAGAUCAUGUGCAGAAUUGUCAAAACUUACUACAGCAAACUCAUUUUGAAUACAUACUUUCUUCUUAGGUUUCCCUGAUUGAUAUUUUUUAGAAUCCCACUUCAUUAUCCUGUUUGUACAUUGUAUGUUAUAUAGUUAAUAAGUAGACAUUAUUUGUAUCCUUUCAUUUUGUGUAGAAAAUAUUAAAAUGGGUUUGCAAAUAAGUACUGUCCAUGUCCAAGAUGAACCUUAUAUGUUUGUAUAUAAAUAUUUUAGAGUUUAAUAGACUGUAAAUAGUUGUGUACAUAUAAAUGAAAGGUGGAAUGAAUGAAAUAUAUUUGUGAGUUUGGUACUGAUUUUUAACAUUGUAACAAGUGCUGAUGUGGUGGUUGAAUUGCCAUGAUAAGAGAUGUUAGUUUGUAUGUUUACAUUAAAAUUCAUAAAAUUGUGUAGACUUGCAUAAAUACUGUAAAUAUGCUGGGUAAACUUAGUUACAAAAUGGGCCUGUUUUACUCUAUUUACGCUUACAUCCUGCAGGUUUAUGUUGGUAAAACUGGAAUGGCGGAAAAGCACCCUGUCCAACCGUGUUUGCAGUAGGUCUGUUAAGUUUACUUUUGUACUGACCAAAGAGUUAAGGACUAAUGUGUAAAUCUGAAAGAAUUGGUAAUAUCAUUGACACAAAUUCUUAUUUUAUGUGCUUGUGUAUUGUGUAUUAAAUUUAUGUGCCAAGAAGAAAUAAUAUUCUGUUUGUCAUGGU